UAAUAGUGUAUGCAACCCGUUGUGAACGCACUGCGCAUGCGUACAACUACCAAAACACGGUGAGGGAGGACGAGCCGCAUGAAGAUAUUUCAGUGAAACGAUGCCUCUGAGAAGGAUGGACAGCGUUACCAUGGCAACGUCAGAUGGGACAGCAGAGUGUCCCCUGGUGUCUGAGGACAUGGAGGGGAUCUGUGUAAUGCCGGAUCUGAGUGCCAUCAAGACUGAGCAGUCCACAGAUGACCCCACAGGGACCCAAAACGUGGCCAUGGGCAUCAAGUUCAUCCUGCCCAACCGCUUUGACAUGAACGUGUGCUCCAGAUUUGUGAAGUCGCUCAACGAAGAGGAGAGCAAGAACAUCCAGGAUCAGGUCAACUCUGAUCUUGAGGUGGCUUCAGUUUUAUUUAAAGCCGAGUGCAAUAUCCAGACCUCGCCUUCCCCGGGUAUACAGGUGCGCCAUGUUUACACGCCAUCCACCACCAAGCAUUUCUCCCCCAUCAAACAGUCCACCACGCUCACCAAUAAACACCGAGGCAAUGAGGUUUCUUCCACACCUCUUUUGGUGCAUUCUUUGUCCAUCCAUCAGCUCGCAGCCCAAGGUGAAAUGGUGUUUCUGGCAAGCAGGAUUGAACAAGAAACCGUGAUCAAUCUCCAAGAUGAAGAAGGCUUCACUCCCCUGAUGUGGGCAGCUGCACAUGGACAAAUCGCUGUUGUCGAGUUUCUUCUCCAGAAUGGUGCUGACCCCAACCUCCUCGCCAAAGGGAGGGAAAGUGCAUUGUCUUUGGCCUGCAGCAAGGGAUACACUGAUAUUGUGAAGAUGCUCAUUGACUGCGGUGUCGAUGUCAAUGAAUAUGACUGGAAUGGAGGCGCUCCUCUGUUGUACGCUGUCCAUGGAAACCAUGUGCGCUGUGUUGAAAUACUGUUAGAGAGUGGUGCUGAUCCUACCAUUGAGUCAGAUUCUGGAUUCAAUGCAAUGGACAUGGCUGUAGCUAUGGGCCACAGGAAUGUCCAACAGGUGAUGGAGGCCCACUUACUGAAGUUACUGAUGGGAAUCCGAGAAUGAACUGUGACACUUGAGGAAAAAACAAAUACCAAGGCACAACGCCGGGCUCUGGACAAUCAUGUAGCACGCCCAGGCUGUCGGCCAGUAGGAAUAUUUUGUUUCAUUAGGUGACAUUUCAACAGCGUUGCAUCACAUCAACAUGAUUUUGUUGGCAUGAUGCACACACGAAGGUUUGUGCAGUGUGAAUUUUAAUUUUUAACCCCCUUUCAAACCGUUUUUUUAUCCUGAACCUUCACGCUGAAUGCGAAGCUGCAACUCUGAUCUAGAUACACUGAGAAAAUCUCAAAGAACAGAAAUAUAAAGUUGAGUUUGUCACGUCCACUCACCGUACACAGCAAGUUUAGUAUGCUGCCAAACGUGCAGUGUAGUGUAGAGUUGAUUUUGUUCUAACUGUGGAGGUUUCGUUUUGAAUCUUUUAAUAUCGUAUAUGGCAUUUCGUGCCAUCGUUGGCUGUUCCAUCCUCCUCCCAUCAUGUGUUUUUUUUAAAACUAACUUAUUGACAACAAGAAUUUUAAUGUAAUAUGUGAAACUGCCUCACGUUCACACUGCCUGGUCCUCAAAGCGAGCACGUUUCUGAGGCUCUUCUGAGGACUACAGGCGGUGGAUUGAAAAUUCGUUGUUACAGACUGGAAUGCACACGGUACAGACUGAGAUCUUUGUGUUGGUUGUACUGAGUUUAUUUAUUUGAAUAAUUUGGACAUUGUGUUGUAAUGUGAUGAAAUUCUCCGUUUUUUUUGUUCCUCUGUAUUGUGAUAUUAAUGUCCACUGAUGUUUUGUGACCUUACACCUCAUUGAAAAAUGUCCCACAAGGUUACUGGGGGCUCUGUAUGCCACUGUAUGAGGGUGCUCGUGUUUUAUAACCAUACCGUAAGUGGUUUAUCAAAAAAAAAAAACUUGUAUUGACCAAAGUGUCAGACUUCAUUCUGUACAGAUAUUUAUCUGACUGCAAGUCACAAAGGUCAAACCACUGUUUAUAGUUAUGGAACUGAAGCUGUUAUUUAAUUAAAAGAGCUUUUUAAACUGCA